GUACAGAUGUACUAUCGUAUAGAUCUGCGGCACGGAUGAAGAUAUCCGUGACCGGAACAUCAACGGUUAUUACCGCGCUGCGCUUCGACGGGAAAACGUAUGUUUGUGAUAAACGGUCACGCGUUAUCACGGACGUGAUCGCGACGUGCCCCGUACGCGUCGUCGUCCGCACCCGAUGUCGGUUCGAACGUGCGUCUUGUUCGUCGUUUGGUAUUCCAUGUUGUGUGUGCGUACACAACUCGACGUUGACGGAAUCGUGUGUCCUAAGUGUGAUAUUGUUGUUAUUGGGCCUACGAGUACGACAUCUGCUCUUCCGAAUCCACCUACGCGCAUCGUGAUGCUACGAUACCGUGAUCGAUCGACGACGUCGUCGCAUUCGCAGUGGCGCAAGACGUGUUGAAUAAAUCUUUGAACGGACGUUGGACGUCGUGUUGUAGGAACAACGUUUUCGAUUGUAGAACAAGCAAUGUCAAAACUUAAGUUAUUGGUGUCCCAUCGCGAAUUCCCUCGAGAAGUCAUUGACAAGUUGUCGGAAAAGUUCGAUGUACAGAUAAUCAACAAACUGAUGAUCGAAUCGACUAAGCAAGAUUUAUUGGAUAACAUACCUGGCAAGUUUGGAUUACUUUUUUCUUAUUCGACUGUUGUGGAUGAAGAUGUGGUCGCCGCCGCAGGCCCUAGUCUUAGAGUUGUCAGUACAACAUCUAUGGGUUACGAGUCCGUGGACACGAGUGCUUUGAAAAAACGCGGAAUCGUACUCGGCAACUCGACACUUGUUACGGCAGACAGAGUUGCAGAACUUACAAUUGGCCUUCUAAUUGCUACAGCAAGAAAUUUAAUGACUACGAACCAACAGAUGAAAUCGGGUAAUUAUCCGAUAUCAAGUCGUAUCGGCCAGGGCUUGGCGAAUUCUGUGGUCGGCAUAAUAGGUUGUGGAAACAUUGGUAUUUCGGUAGCGGGAAUGCUGAGAGGGUUCAAAUUAAGUGAACUCCUCUACACUAGCCGUAAACCAAAACCCGCUGUGGAAUGUUUGGGUGGCAAAUAUGUACUUGUCGACGAUUUAGUACGACUAAGUGAUUUCAUUAUUCUGACUUCAGUAUUGGUUCCUGAAACCAAGUUCAUCAUCAAUAAGGAUCGGUUAGCGCUCAUGAAAUCAAAUGCUGUGAUAAUCAAUGUGGGUCGUGGCCAAUUAAUUGACCAAGAUGCCUUGAUCGAUGCCUUACGAAAUAAAUAUAUUCGUGGAGCUGGAUUAGAUGUAAUGACACCGGAACCACUUCCACUUGAUAAUCCUUUGAUGGAAAUGGAAAACGUCGUUCUUUUACCACACAUUGCUGGAAGAAACACCGUCGAAGCCUCCGUUGAAAAAGCACAAUUAGCUGCUGAUAAUAUUUUAGCAGUAGCCAACAAUCAGCCGGUUCCCUGUCAAGUAGAACUUUAGUUAUCAAAUUAAUUAUUUAUAUUUUAUCACAGCCUCGUCUUUAAUAAUUAUGUAAUUAUGUUGUAAACGUUGUGUAAUACUUUGAUAUAAAAUAAAGUGUAAUACUUCAGUCGAUAUUAUACAAUUCGCUGUAAGAUAUGUAAUCAAUAGCAUAACAAAAUAGUUAUAAAUUAUUUAAAAUUGAAAAAAGAUU